CGCGUGAACCAACUCGACGGCACACUAAUGAGAUCAAGGAAUAGUAAAGAAACAAUUCUGUGUGUUGGCGCGAUUAGGGAACCGCAAAUUUACAAACCGGCGGAAACGCAAGGUUUAGACUCGAGAACUCGCUUAUUCGUUGGUGAUUUUCCCGGGAGAUUGAAAUCAAGUAGUGCCGACGCCGGAAAAUGGCAGUCGGUGUGAGAGUUGCCGGGAGUAUUAUCGGCCGCGAUCGAGUUCUCACGGCGGUUAUUGCCGGAGCGUCCAGUCUUUCGUUCGUGGGAUCAGGAUUCAUAGUGCUGUGUUACGUCCUCUUCAAAGAACUUCGCAAGUUCUCCUACAAGCUUGUCUUCUAUCUUGCCCUUUCCGAUAUGCUUUGCAGUUUCUUCACUAUGAUUGGGGAUCCGGCUACAGGAUUUUACUGUUAUACUCAGGGCUAUAGCACUCAUUUCUUUUGUGUGGCAUCGUUCUUGUGGACCACAACAAUUGCAUUCACCCUUCACCGUACUGUUGUUAGACACAAAACCGACGUUGAAGAUUUGGAGGCUAUGUUUCACUUAUAUGUAUGGGGAACAUCGUUAGUGUUGACUGUUAUACGUUCAAUUGGUAAUAACCAUGGACAUUUGGGUACCUGGUGUUGGGCACAGUCUAGUCGUACUGGAAAGGCUGUUCACUUUAUAACAUUUUACAUGCCACUCUGGGGUGCAAUUCUCUACAAUGGGUUUACUUACCUUCAAGUGAUACGCAUGCUUAAUAAUGCUACCCGUAUGGCAGUUGGCAUCUCAGAUAGGGCUUACCAGUCAGAUGCAAGAGCAGACAUGAAGGCUUUAAACAGAUGGGGAUAUUAUCCGCUCAUCCUCAUAGGGUCAUGGGCUUUUGGUACAAUCAACCGCAUUCAUGAUUUUAUUGAGCCAGGUCAUAAACUCUUCUGGCUGUCAGUUCUUGAUGUUGGGAUGGCUUCACUAAUGGGCUUGUUCAAUUCAAUAGCAUAUGGUCUGAAUUCUUCUGUACGGCGGGCAAUUUAUGAAAGAUUGGACUUGUUUUGGCCUGAGAAGCUUCGAAGAUGGCUCCCCAACAAUUCAAGGUUCCGGAACCAAGAACAAGAAGGUGAACUGGUUUCCUUGAGAAGUCUAGAUCAGCCAUAGCAAAUUAGUCAAUGGAUGUGCCUCCACCGUCAAGCCUUCCUUUACAAGAUUUAUUUCCCCCAUUUUCUUUGGAGGGCGUGUAAAUAGGAGCUGAGCAAUUGGUUGUGCGUAGGGUAACGAUCAUCCGUUCUGUUGAUGUGAUUUUAUGAUCUGCUGUUUUACGUGGUUACUGAUCUUCACUGUUCUCUGAUUAACAUGAUAGAGAAUUUAGCAGUCUCUCAAGUGGUGAUCAGGGGUGGAAUACAUUGCAGAAAAAGAUUGAGCGGCCUGAUCAGAAUUCCUGUAUGCUACUUUAUGCGCUGUUCAUUAUCAAUUUAUCAUUGCUAAGCGAACACGCAGCUUUAAUAUUAUAUGUCAUAGAGACCCUCACAUAGAAUGAUGCUUCUAACUUUUUGCAUGUUUCUACUUUAUUACGAUGUUUGUUGACUGCGAGUUCAGAUUAGACAUUCUCGCCACACACUGCACCAGGUCUGAUUUGAAAAUUGUGUGGUUACGUUUAGUGAUGGAUAUUGUCUUCCAAAAUUCUGAUUUGACAACUUAAUUUUAUCUUAUCUUGUACUUUCUUAUUCAA